UAGUUGUGAACGUAAUGCAUAAACAGAAAUACAGCCUCGUGACCUAAACUAGCACAGGUCAUAUGCUGCUUAAAUCCUCCGUUAGGUCUGAUUAGGGACGGUGUGUAAUCAGAAACACUAGCGCCUAACCUUGCAGUAACUCUAGCCCAGACAUUUGUUCUGAUUUGUUUUUUCCCCCCUCAAUUUCUGUUAGCAAGCCACAGGGUAGUCAUGGAUGUAUGAAGUUUCCAUAGUGAUUUACCCUGGUUUUAGCACUAAAAGCUUUGCUGGAGACACUGUAAUUGUACCGUGUAACCCUUUUCUGCACGUGCCAGCUCUUCAGGGAUGUCUUUGUAACCCAAGGGUACUCCGUUACACUUCAGGUCCGGAGAUGUACAAGGACAGCAGCAGAGCGACAAUUAACCUGCAGUCAAGCUUAAGGGCAGGCUACUGCCAACCAGGAUUUGUUGCUUUAUUUUAUUGCUACCUCAGAGUCCAUAUGGGGCUAUUCCAGAGCUGGGGGAAGGGGUAACUGAGAAAUAUAGCUCAGGAUUGGAGAGCUAGUGCAGCUUCAGUGGAAACUGCUAAGGGAACACAAAAUUGAAGAGGUGCUGCUAAUAAACAGGCUCAGCAGCUUCUUUGGGUAGGUUUCUGACCUCACUGGACUAAGGCUGGCAUUAGGCUAAUUUCAGGGAUUAGAGAAUGGCAAUAAACAAAGCAGUGAUGUUAAAUGAAAAGGAACAAAACCAAAAAGAUGCAGUGUUGCCCCUGUGGGUCCAGACUCCAUUUCUGCUUGCAGUUUAUGGAGCUUGAAGGAUUGUUAUUCACUGUUGGAACUCUAGGUUGCCUGUGAUUUCUAAAAAGUCAUAGUAACUAGAAUUCCUUAGAUGUGACUUUUCUGUGAACAUGCCAGAAUUGCAUUCUGUGUGUUGUUUGUAUCAUUUAUGCUUACGCAUACAGACACACACAAAUAUAAGCAAGUAUUAAGGUGUGGCAGUUACUGUAUUGCAAACAGAAGAUUUGUUAAUUUCCUGUAUUUGCAUAGUGAACUUUAUAGCAAGGGAUGAUGACAGUGUGGUAACUAGGAGGAUUAGAUUAAGAUGGAAGAACCAAGAGAAGGUAGCUGUUUCAGGCAACACUUAACAAAGUAUACACAUCACUGAUGUCCAUCCUGCGGAGAAAUGAACUGUGAGAAAAUUCAAGCAAACAUGUUCCAACUGUUCAUAGAGAGGAUUGCCUCAACCAAGUGGUUGGUACUAAAAUGAUAUGGGUGGCAGUCAUUGGUGAUUGGUUCAACCUCAUAUUUAAAUGGAUUUUAUUUGGCCAUCGCCCAUACUGGUGGGUGCAAGAAACAAUGAUUUAUCCCAAUCAGUCAAGCCCAUGCCUUGAACAGUUUCCUAUAACAUGUGAAACUGGACCAGGAAGCCCAUCCGGACAUGCCAUGGGAUCUUCUUGUGUCUGGUAUGUAAUGGUCACUGCAGCACUUAGCUACACAGUUAGAUGGAAAGAUAAAUCAGCAGUUAGCCUUCACAGACUGACAUGGUCAUUCCUCUGGAGUAUUUUUUGGAUUAUACAGAUCAGUGUGUGCAUCUCAAGAGUAUUCAUAGCAACGCAUUUCCCUCAUCAAGUUGUUAUUGGAGUAUUUGCUGGCAUUCUGGUGGCAGAAGCAUUUGAGCAUACAUCUGCUAUUCAGACAGCGAGCUUGGGAAUGUACAUCAAGACAAACUUGUUUCUUUUCAUCUUUGCCCUUGGCUUUUAUCUAGUCCUCAAGCUUCUUGAUAUUGACUUGCUAUGGUCUGUUCCAAAGGCCAAGAAGUGGUGUGCCAACCCAGACUGGAUAAACAUUGACACAACUCCAUUUGCUGGACUGGUGAGGAAUUUAGGUGCACUCUUUGGCUUAGGUCUCGGAAUUAAUUCUGAAAUGUUCAUCAUGAGCUGCAGAGGUAAAAAUAGCUGUAAGAUAAGUUUCCGUGUGGUGUGUAUAGCUGCUUCUUUAGCUACACUGCAGCUGUAUAAUUUCGUUAAGAUACCUACUCAUACUGAAUAUUUGUUCUACAUUCUCUCUUUUUGUAAGAGUGCAGCUAUGCCUCUGACUGUAGUUGCAUUGGUUCCAUACUGUGUCCACUCAUUAAUGAGGAAAACUGAAAAGAAACUUAAUUAGAUAGAGUUUCCAGAUGGUUAGCCAUGAGGGGAUGGAUAUGAACUGGUCAAGAACCCUCAACAAAAGGCAGUUUUGCCAAGUCAUUUUAUCCCAAGGGGAUGCCAAUGCAUCUUUGAUGUGCUUCUGGUAAGUAGCUAGUGCAUCCAAGAUCAGUGCAUUCAAGAAUGACCUUGCCAGCUCAGAAAUACUAAUUGCUGUUGGCUUUUUUUCCCUAGAAAUAUUGCAACCACACUGCAGUAUGGUUAGAAAUAACCCAAUACUCUGGGUCAUAACAAAGUUUCAAAGUAUAAUCUAUUAGUUUUAUGUAGCUACUUAGUGGUCUUUUAGUUCUGUCCAUCUCCAGCUAGCUGAUGCUUUGAGCCUCAGUUAUACAUAGUGAUACUCAGUAUUUAAUUUUAUGUAUAUACAGAGAGAGAUAAUUGUGUGUUAAAACUGCUAGAGAAGGGUAUGAUAGUGUCACACCCCCUCCAACUCUACAGCUGUACACUGUGAAAAAGGACAGCAUAGUUAUAAAGAAGACUUCAGAGUUAACUUAUUGAGCUUCCUGAGCAAAACAGCUUCUGAUUAAGCCAGAUGAUGAAAAAUACUGAAUGUUUCUUUUGAUUAGAUUCUGUAGAAUAUAUUUUUGCGUUACUGUGUGUUUUUUGUCAUUUCUGCCUUUUGAAAGCAGUCACAUGAAUCAUGGCUGAUACAGAUUACACCUUUAAUGUUGAAAAUGCAUAAAUAUGGUGUAACAAAUCUUUGGAUUCUGUACAUCUGCACAGAGCAACAAAUGAAGAACGCUGUCAAUAAUGAAAUUAUCUCAGCAUAGCACCUUGAGAAUGUUGUCCAAGUUCCUGUAUUGCAAAGGUAAAUUAGUCUAGUUCUCUCAGGUCAAGUCAAGUCACACACCUGAGUUGCUGGUAGCAGUUGAGUAAAUCAUGACAAUGCGAUUGCAGACUGUCACUGCACGUUUAUAUUCUUGUCAGCUUUGUUUACCUAAGUACACAAGUUACUCAUAUGUUAAAUAUGUUUGCUAUAUAAAAUGGAUAUUCUAAAUAAAGGCAGGUAUUUUCUUUUUUUAUUCAUUA